CUCUGUUUAGAUGUUGAUCUCUGCAAGUCAAAAUCUUCAUCUAGUCCUUGGCCAAUAUGUCCAACUAGAUUAUGUCGAAUUCUUCUUUUGAUUCCGAUUUCCGAAAUUUCGCCAGCCUCUUAAAUACAGGUUUCGUAUCGCCUGGCAAUAUGUGUCCCAAUGCCCACAUACUCGGUUGACGCAAACAUGUCUUCGCUAUCACCACAAGGUGGCUUUCUCGUUGUGGUGGCCGCCGGCUUGCUUUGUCAUUUUGUAUUCAAACGUUAUGAGCCCACCACUCCGCUCUCUCAUAUGGGCCUGCUCGUCGUGGUUCCAGCCAUUCUUACGAUCUUGUUUUUGCCAAGCGCAUCAACGUUUACGCGCGCAAUUGCUUUUGUAUACCUAUUGUAUUACUCUACUCUUCUCGUUUCUGUGAUCGUGUACCGUCUAUCCCCCUGGCAUCCACUUGCAACAUAUCCUGGCCCCAUCCCUUGCCGCAUCUCCAAGUUCUGGAUGGCAUGGGCCUCUAGGGAUGGGAAGCAACACCUGUACUACUCAAGACUGCACAAGACGUAUGGCGACGUCGUCAGAAUCGGUCCUAACGAGCUAUCAAUACGAGACGUCAAUGCUGUGGCCCCCUUGAUGGGUCACAAUGGUUUACCCAAAGGACCUCACUGGGAUGGACGCAUGGCAGAGCAAUCAGUUAUCAGAACAGUCAUCUCGGUGAGGGAUCCCGUGGAGCACGCGCGACGGAGAAAGCCCUGGCACAGAGCUUUCAGUGUUACCGCACUGAAAGGUUAUGAAGAGAUUCUCGGAAAGCGAGUCCAACAAUUCGUAACUAUCCUCGAGCAACAGACAAAGCCCAUCAACCUUUCUGAGCGUAUAAGUCAUUUCACGUUUGACUUCAUGAGCGAUAUGGCAUUUGGCGGAGGUUCUGAGAUGUUGCGGGACGGUGAUAAGGACAACACUUGGCAUCUGCUCGAAAAUGGACUUCCAACUGCCUUAAUUCUGUCACACGUGCCUUGGCUCGGAAAGUACUACGUCAAGUUGCCAAAAAUUGGCGAGCUCAAGAAAUUCAGAACGUUUUGUCAAGAACGUGCUAUGCUCAGGCGUGUGCAAGGCUCUCUGAAUAAAGACCUCUUUCACUAUCUGAUUGAUGAGGCGGGUCUUGAGCGCCACACUUCCCCUCCAACUUUUGCGGAAGUGGCAUCCGACGGAGUCCUUGCUAUAGUAGCCGGAUCUGACACCACAGCAACCACCUUAAGCUCUCUAUUCUUGUCGCUUCUGAAGCAUCCCCAAACGUACUACCGGCUCCAAGCUGAAGUCGACAGCUUUUUCCCUCCUGGCGAAGAUAUACUUUCUACGGCUCAUCACCCCCGUAUGAGUUACCUCAAUGCCGUAAUUAACGAAACUCUGCGGCUCUUCCCACCAGUUCUCAGCGGAAGUCAGCGUGGGGUACCGAGAGGCAGUGACGGGAAGUUUGUCGGCCCUUACUUCCUGCCCGAAGGCACCAGCGCAUUCGUUCAUACUUAUUCCCUUCAGCGCGAUCCUCGCAACUUCUCCCCCUCACCUGACACCUUCUGGCCGGAGCGGUGGCUCACACCUGAAGAGCGAGCGGCGCUCCCGUCGUUUGAUUCAAAGGGCAUGGAUAAAUUUUCAGUCAUUCAUGAUACCAAGGCUUUUGUCCCGUUCUCCUUCGGCCCCGCACACUGCAUUGGCAAGCAGCUCGCAUGUCAAGAAAUACGAAUGGUAGUUUGUGCGAUGAUGCACCGACUGAACUUCCGCUUUGCGGAGGGAUACGACCCAGAGUCCUGGGAACGCGACUUGAAGGAUUAUUUUGUUGCCACGAAAGGGAGCCUGCAUGUUGUCUUAUCUCCACGGAAUCUAACUGCUUGAAUGCCUGAGAGUUGCAUGGACAUGACGGUUAUCUUACAGCGCCUAGUUAUUGACACGC